UUAAAUUUUAGUAUCAACAUCAUAUUAGUCUCAUAAAAUAAGGUAGAGGAGAAACUUUUCUCUUUCUAUUCAAUUUAUGUAGAAUUGCAAUUACUGAUUCCUUGAAUUUUUGGUGGAUGUUGUCACUAAAAUCAGAAUUGCAUUUGUGGGAAGGUUUUAAAAAUUACUCUUUUAAAUUAUUUAAUUUCUUUAAUGCAGUUAUAGGAUUAUUAGGUUUCCUAUUUUGGGGGGGUAAUUAGGUUUAUUUAUUUAUUCAUUUAUUUAUUAUUAUUUUAUUUAACAGAGAUACUGGGGAUUGAACCGAUGAUCUCAUGCAUGCUACAACUCUAUUUCAAGGGCAGAAAUGAAGCAGCAGCCAUAUUUGUAGCUCUAACGUGUUGUCAUUUCUCUGCUGACUUAUCUCACUGAUGUGAGGCAACGGCUGUGACUACAAAUGCCACACCUUCUUUGGGAUCCUUCUUAGCUUCUCUGACUUUCAGGCCAGGUUUGUGUUUAGCUCUGGGGUGAAGGGCCCUAGCUUCUACAGUGUAUCCACACCAUCAAGGUCGAGGCAAAGAGCAGUGACACUGGUUUUAGUCUGUCCUUGAGGUCUUCAGUUCUCGACUGUGGGUUCCAGUUUAUUUUUGUUCUCUUCCAUUUUACAUCCAUCUUCUCUUCCUGAUGCCUGUCCUGUGGGCUUCAAGCUACACCAGAAGAGGCAAAGACAACAGAUGUGCAGAGACUGCUGAAUUGGCUUCUGCUGAAUCAGUAAGGUUGUCACUGUCACAAAUUCCUUAGUAUAUUGUCUCCUAGUGGCUCUGCGUCUCUAAUGGAACCUGACUCAUAUGGCCAGUAAUCCCAAUCUCUUAUUUUUCCUGUUGUUUCAGGCAAAUUUGGAGCCCAAAGUGACUGACACCAUGGGGGGAGGAAAUCAUUCAGUGGUGUCUGAGAUUGUGUUGGUGGGACUCACCAGUUCUUUGGAGAUGCAACUUGUCCUCUUCCUAGUUUUCUCUGUGUUCUAUGUAACAGGUAUUUUAGGAAACCUCCUCAUUGUGCUCACAGUGAUCUCUGACUCCCAUUUACACUUCCCCAUGUACUUCCUGCUAGCCAACCUCUCCUUUAUUGACAUGUGGGUUUCCUCCAUUACAGCUCCCAAGAUGAUUUCUGAUCUUUUCAAGGAGAGAAAAGUAAUCUCUUUCCAAGGCUGCAUUGUUCAGAUGUUCUUCAUUCAUGUUACUGGAGGAACUGAGAUGGUUCUGCUCAUCGCCAUGGCCCUUGACCGUUAUGUGGCUAUAUGUAGGCCUCUCCACUACCUGACCAUCAUGAGCUUCAGAACUUGUAUUUUACUCUUGGUUGCUGCCUGGACCAUUGGAAUCAUCCACUCACUGAUCCAACAUGUAUUUGUUGUAAACCUACCAUUCUGUGGCCCCAAUAAAGUGGACAGCUUUUAUUGCGAUCUUCCCCGAUUUAUCAAGCUUGCCUGCACAGACACUUACAGAUUGGAGCUCAUGGUCACUGCCAAUAGUGGCUUCAUCUCCCUGGGAACUUUCUUCAUUUUGAUUAUCUCCUAUGUCUUCAUCUUGGUCACUGUUUGGCAACGUUUUUCAGGUGGCUUGUCCAAGGCCCUCUCUACGCUGUCAGCUCACAUCACAGUGGUAGUCUUAUUUUUCGGUCCGUGUAUUUUUGUGUAUUCAUGGCCACUUCCUACAAUGCCAGUGGAUAAAUUCCUUGCUAUUUUCGACAUAAUUAUCACCCCAUUUCUGAACCCUGCCAUCUACACUUUUAGGAACAAAGAAAUGAAGGUGGCAGUGAGGAGGAUACUCAGUCAGGUAUUGAGUUUCAGGAAGCUGUUUUGAGUGCUUUUGAUAUCAAUAAC